UCUGAUGCAGCAGCAAAAUGCCAAAAGAAUAUGUGGGUGAAUACGAGCCUCUGCUCAUUAAGGGAAUCAAAGAUACAAAGCGACUAAAGUUUCCAAACAAAUCACUACUACUAGCUGUGUUUGCCUCUUGUGUUGGUGGAACCUUCCAGUAUGGAUAUAAUAUAUCUGUCAUCAAUGCACCCACAAAGUAUGUACAAAAUUUCAUCAACAUCACGUGGAUGGAGCGUUACCAAACUGGCAUAUCAGAAGAAGUUCUUACUCUUCUCUGGUCCACUAUUGUGUCCAUUUUCACCUUAGGAGGACUCAUAGGAGUAACAAUUGGUGGGACACUGUCUAUGAAGUUGGGGAGGAAAGGGACUCUGUUGACUAAUAAUGCAUUUGCGUUAACGGCUGCUCUCCUGAUGGGUCUGAGUUCAUCUGCUGGAUCAUUUGAGUUACUCAUCAUUGGACGAUUAAUCUGUGGGAUAAAUGCAGGCAUUGCUUUAUGUGUUCAACCUUUGUACUUGGGGGAAAUAGCUCCGACUGCACUGCGGGGUGCCAUGGGAAUGGGAACCUCAGUUUUCAUCACUGGUGGGAUCUUAACUGGACAAGUGAUGGGCCUCAAAGAAAUCCUGGGCAAAGAAGAGUUCUGGCCCAUCCUGCUCUCCACCACAUGCAUCCCAGCUCUUCUGCAGCUCCUGCUCCUCCCCUGGUUCCCAGAGAGCCCACGCUACCUGUUUAUUGAUAAAGGAGAUGAUGAGGGAUGUAAAAAAGCCUUGAGACAACUGUAUGGUUCAGCUCACUAUGAUGGCGCACUGGAGGAUAUUGAGAAAGAGAGAAAUAAUUUAGUUGGCUUCCAAGCUAAAAAACCCUGGGAUCUCUUUACUGAUCGCAGCAUACGCUGGCAGCUUCUCACCAUUAUUCUGCUCAACAUUGCACAACAGCUAAAUGGCAUUAAUGCAAUUUACUUCUAUGCAGAUUAUGUGUUUAGACAAUCUGGUAUUCCCGCAGAGAAAAUACCAUAUGUGACUGUCGGCACUGGUGCUUGUGAAUGCAUCACUGCUUUAACAUGUGGUAUGCUCAUUGAGUCCUUGGGAAGGAAAGUACUCAUCACAGGAGGAUACAUUCUGAUGAGUAUCUGCUGUAUUUUAUUUACACUGACGCUCACUUUUCAGGAUGCCAGUCCAGUUUUUCCAUACUUAAGCAUGACAUGUGUUUUUGCUUUUAUCUUGAGUUUUGGCUUAGGACCGGGUGGUGUGACUAACAUCUUAACCACUGAGCUGUUCACACAGACCACACGCCCUGCAGCCUUCAUGAUUGCAGGUUCAGUGAACUGGCUCAGCUUCUUCUUCAUCGGCUUGGUCUUCCCAUUCAUUGUUAUCGGGCUGCGGCAUUACUGUUUCCUGGUGUUCUUAGUCGUCUGCUCUUUGGUGACAAUCUACAUUUUCCUUGUUGUUCCUGAAACAAAGAACAAAACCUUUGUGGAAAUUCAGAAUGAGUUCCAGUCCCAGAAGAAGAGAAAGCUCUGCAGUUCUGAUGCUGCAGGGACAAUACUCUUAUCAACCUCUAUGUGAAACGUGACAACACUGUCCCUCUCCGUCACAUUUAUGUCACACAGUAAUUAGGAAUUAUAGUGAGGACAUUAUAUCUUUUAGACCUAGAAAAAAUAUUGAGUUAUACUAUGAACUAAGGUGUCCUCAGAGAUGUACUGGGUAACUUUUUUCAUUUACAUACAUAAAGUAAAGAUAUUUUAACACAUUAUUUGACCAUUUUAAAUGUUGGUUUGUACUACCUCCAUAAAGAGUGUUUUGCUGAGAUUUUUUCAAUAAAGAUCAAUGAAUUAAACAUUUUUUUUGUAUGUGAACAAGCUGAAAGUACAUUUUACACACCAAUGCUGCAUGUUGUUUAUUUUCUUUAAUAAAUGCAUGAUUUUUACUUUAACUGAGUAAAUUAUUUAUUACUUCCUUUUGAUGUGUUUAAUGCUUAAUUGAGUAAUUGCAGUUAUUGGCUGUGGGACUGUUUCCUC